GUGUCCUAGCCUACUUGGACGAUAUGUUUUUUAUUGGGCCAAUGGAGGAUGUUUUUAUUAUGCUUGAACGAUGCGGAGUCUAGCUUAAAAGAAAUUGGUCUCAACAUAGCAAUCGAGAAAUGCGAGCUUCUGUGCAAUGGUCUCCCAGACCAUCCCCAUCUCGAUAGAGCUAUUCGAGUUGUGUCUUCUGGAACAAUCAUAUUGAGGAUUCCCAUUGGUCAUUAACACUAUGUCACCGAGACUUGCUUGGAAUUUGCUAAAGGAGGACAAGGUCUAUGUGACGAACUUGCUUCCUUGAAUGACUCCCAGUCUGGUAUGCUAAUUCUACGCUAUUGCCACACAAAUCGAAUAAAUCACCUUGCUCGCUCAGUGUAUCCCACUCUGCUGAAACCCGCUACCAGGUUCCAUGAUGAGCUAACGGAAGCAACUUUCCGGCAAUUGGUCUGUUGCGAUAUAGGGGAGCAACAGUGGCUGCAAGCAACAUUGCCAAUCAGGAACGGUGGGUUUAGCGUGUCCUCAAUGGUGUCAACGUGUCCAAUCGCGUUUGCAUCAAGUUGGGCCCGUUCUCUAGCUCACCUCUCUCAAUCAUUUGGUGAUCUCACAGACUUAGUCAAAAAUAUCUCCCGUGCAGUCCAACAUCCAGGUCACAAAGGAUCAAUCGCCUCUCACCUUUUGCAGGCCCUGCCAGGUUAUAAGAGCCUCGUUGAUCUUAUCAACAACCCGAAAAAGCUACAGCAAAAGCUAAAAUCGGAGCAAACGGAACAAAUUGUGUCCUCUAUUCUCUCAAACCCACUAUCUCAGCGCUCAGCUGCUCGGUUCAGGUCGCUACAGGGACUUGGAGCAGGUGCAUGGCUUGACUCAAUACCUUCUUCUGCAAAGCUUGCAUUAAAACCCAGCGAUUUUCGCUUAGCAAUGCGCAUGGGGUUGGGUCUUGAAAUGCCCCUCGGUUCUGUUGUCCCCAUAUGCGAAUGCGGCAAAGACAUUGAUAAAGACAGCUAUCACCUUCUCACAUGUAAGACCGGCGGUGGGCCAAUAUGGACUCAUGAGACAUUGACUAGUGUUUGA